AUGGCGGACGUUGAAAACGGCUUCGAGCCGACCCAAUCCAUUGAAAUGCCUGGGAAAUCCGUGGAGACCACCGAUGUAUCUCCAACAGCUCUAGAGUCUGACGAGCCCACACUGCCCGAGCAGACCGAAUCACCAAAAACUAACCAAGAGGAAGGCGUAAAAUCGCCUCAGGAGGCAGGGAAUGAAGAAAAGCCAGAGGUGCCGCCUAAGGACGAGCCCGAGGAGGUCGGACAGGAACCCCAAACAGACGGCCCGCCCACGAUUCAGGAACCACCCACCGAGGACGAAAAUGCAACCGAAAGCAGGUUGCGAUCAGACUCAAGAUCAACUACGGCUACAUUCAUGACCCAGCGAUCUGGUCCAGUCAGCUCGGCGGUUUUCAUUGUCACAGCUCUAGACAAUAUUGCUGCCUCGCGGGACGCCCGGAGGGACAAGAAGCUGGAGGAUGCCACACAAGUCGCCCUGACCAACAUAAAACAGCUUGAAGGGCAACCGAUUGACCCUGAACUCAUCUUCCGCCCUCUGCAUUUAGCAAGCAAAACUCUCAGCAUUCCGCUGCAGGUGACUGCCUUGGAUUGCAUCGGAAAGUUAAUCACCUACUCUUAUUUCGCAUUCCCAUCCGCCGAGACCGCAAACGAAGCCAACCCCGAACAACCCCCGCUGAUCGAGCGUGCCAUCGAUGCGAUAUGCGAUUGUUUCGAAAAUGAAGCGACUGCGGUUGAAAUUCAGCAGCAAAUCAUCAAGUCGCUGCUGGCGGCAGUCCUGAACGACAAGAUCGUGGUGCACGGAGCUGGUCUCCUAAAAGCUGUCCGCCAAAUAUACAAUAUUUUCAUUUACUCCAAAUCAAGCCAAAACCAACAGAUUGCUCAGGGGUCCCUCACACAAAUGGUUAGCACGGUGUUUGAUCGAGUGCGGAUACGGUUGGACCUCAAGGAACUCCGACUCCGGACUACGGAAAAGCCGUCCUCGACUCUCGAUGCAUCAGCCAGUGAUGUUGGCCAAGCUUCGGAUGCGGCUUCCGUGUCUGUAGUUGAACAGCCUGAUCAGCCUGUGACCAAAGAUCCCACUGCUGAGAAGCUCACCCUGCAGAGCUUCGAGUCGCCCAAGGAGGUGACCAACGACAAUGUGCCGACCACAGUCACUCGUGCUAAGCGAUCAGUAACACGGUCGAUGUCGGGCAUCUCCGAAGAGAAGGACGACGACAGCUCGGCCGAGGAUGAGAUAGACGAGGUAUACGUCAAGGACGCCUUCUUGGUCUUCCGCGCACUCUGCAAACUGAGCCACAAAGUCUUGACCCAUGAGCAGCAGCAAGAUGUCAAAUCCCAGAACAUGAGGUCAAAGCUGCUUUCGCUACACCUGAUUCACUACCUUAUCAACAACAAUAUCGCAAUCCUUGUCUCUCCAUUGGCCACUAUCAAAAACAGCUCGUCCAGUAUGGAUGGAAUGACGCUCCUCCUUGCCGUCAGACCUCAUUUGUGCCUCAGUCUGAGUCGCAAUGGGUCGAGCGCUGUGCCUCAUGUUUUCAAGGUGUGCUGCGAGAUCUUCUGGCUUAUGUUGAAGGACAUGAGGGUCAUGAUGAAGAAGGAGCUCGAAGUUUUUUUGAAGGAGAUUUACCUCGCAAUUCUCGAGAAGCGCGGCGCACCUGCAUUCCAAAAGCAGUACUUCAUGGAAAUUCUGGAAAGGCUGGGCGGUGAUCCCCGGGCCCUGGUUGAGAUUUAUCUCAACUACGACUGUGACAGAACUGCAUUGGAGAAUAUCUUCCAAAAUGUCAUUGAACAAUUGUCCCGCUACGCGAGUGUGCCGGUUGUUACAUCGUCUGCCCAGCAGCACCAGUACGAGGAACAGCAUACCAAAAUGACAAGUAUUGGCUCUGAAUGGCAUCACCGAGGCACACUGCUUCCUUCAUUGACGAGUGCCAACAUUGUCCCAACUCCGCCACCCGCAAUGCCUCACAUUCCACCUGAGUACGGCUUGAAGCAGCAGGCUUUGGAGUGCCUCGUGGAGAUGCUGCGCUCACUAGACAACUGGGCUGCUCAGCGCACUGAUGAGCGGCUUGAGGUAGCUAUGCCCUCCAAAUCAAUGGAUAACUCCCGCGAGUCUCUGGACACGAGCGUGCUUGUUUCGCCGCACCCUGAGACAUUAGAGGGUGGAACAGGUCGUUCCACGCCCUUGCCCGAAGAUGAUCCGAACCAGAUCGAAAAGGUCAAGCAACGAAAGAUUGCUCUCACAAAUGCAAUCCAACAAUUCAACUUCAAGCCCAAGCGUGGAAUUAAAGCCUUUCUCCAAGAAGGUUUCAUCGCUUCGGAGUCACCUGAGGAAAUUGCUGGCUUGCUGCUCCGCACGGAUCGCAUUGACAAGGCCGUGCUGGGCGAGUAUCUGGGUGAAGGAGACGCUCAAAAUAUUGCUAUUAUGCACGCUUUCGUCGACCAGAUGGAGUUCACGAAGCGACGCUUUGUUGAUUCCCUGCGCUCAUUCUUGCAGCACUUCCGUCUUCCUGGCGAAGCCCAGAAGAUUGAUCGAUUCAUGCUGAAGUUUGCCGAACGCUACACCACCCAAAACCCCAACGCAUUCGCCAAUGCCGACACAGCAUACGUGCUUGCGUACUCCGUCAUUUUGCUGAACACCGAUCAACAUAGUACGAAGAUGAAGGGUCGCCGUAUGACCAAGGAGGACUUCGUCAAGAAUAACCGUGGAAUCAACGACAACCAGGACUUGCCAGUUGAAUACCUGGGAGCUAUCUAUGAAGAAAUUGGAAGCAAUGAAAUUGUGCUAUACACUGAGCAGGAACAUGCUGCCAAUUUCACCACCCAACCUGCUCCUUCAACUGGUCUUGCUACAAGAGCUGGACAGGUGUUUGCUACAGUCGGACGGGACAUCCAGGGCGAGAAAUAUGCUCAAGCCUCGGAAGAAAUGGCCAACAAGACGGAACAGCUCUACCGUUCUCUUAUUCGGGCCCAGCGCAAGACAGCAGUCAAAGAUGCUCUUUCUCGCUUUAUUCCUGCUACGUCAAACCAGCAUGUCGGAUCCAUGUUCAAUGUUACAUGGAUGUCUUUCUUGUCUGGUCUGUCUGCGCCAAUGCAAGACACCUCCAACCUGGAGACAAUUCGUCUCUGUAUGGAGGGAUUGAAGCUUUCCAUUCGUAUCAGCUGUGCCUUUGAUCUGGAGACUCCCCGUGUUGCAUUUGUCACUGCACUGGCGAAGUUUACCAACCUGGGAAAUGUCAGGGAGAUGAUGCCUAAGAACUUUGAAGCGCUCAAAGCCUUGCUCGACGUCGCUCUCACGGAGGGCAAUCAUUUACAAGGCUCAUGGCGGGACAUCCUAACCUGUGUCAGUCAGCUUGACCGGCUACAGCUUCUUAGUGAUGGUGUUGAUGAAGGGUCUUUGCCCGAUGUUUCAAGGGUACCUUCAUCAGCAGAUGCACCUCGCAGAUCCAUGCAAAGUACACGGCGUGCUCGGCCCCGUUCUAUAAAUGGGCCAGCUGCCUUCCGUCCAGAAAUUGCCAUGGAGAGCCGUUCGGCAGAUAUAAUUCGCGGCGUGGACCGUAUAUUCACCAACACCGCCAAUCUCUCGCAUGAGGCCAUCAUCGACUUUGUGCGGGCUUUAAGUGAAGUCAGCUGGCAAGAAAUUCAAUCUUCCGGCCACACUGACUCACCCCGAACCUACAGUCUGCAGAAGCUGGUCGAGAUCAGUUACUACAAUAUGACUCGUGUCAGGAUUGAGUGGUCCAAGAUCUGGGAUGUUUUGGGUCAGCACUUCAAUCAAGUUGGUUGUCACUCCAACACUACCGUUGUUUUCUUUGCAUUGGAUUCCCUCCGCCAGCUUUCCAUGCGUUUCAUGGAAAUUGAGGAGCUGCCUGGUUUCAAGUUCCAAAAAGAUUUCCUCAAGCCUUUCGAACAUGUCAUGGCUAACAGCACCGCUGCUGCUGUCAAGGAUAUGAUUCUGCGAUGUCUGAUCCAGAUGAUCCAAGCUCGCGGUGAUAAUAUUCGUUCGGGUUGGAAGACCAUGUUUGGGGUCUUCACGGUUGCAGCACGGGAACCCUAUGAAACUAUUGUAAACAUGGCCUUUGAUCAUGUCACCCAAGUCUACAACACCAGAUUCGGUGUUGUGAUCACUCAGGGUGCUUUUGCGGAUCUUAUUGUCUGCCUGACUGAAUUCUCGAAGAACUCCAGGUUCCAAAAGAAAUCAUUGCAAGCAAUUGAGACUUUGAAGUCAACCGUCCUCAAAAUGCUGCGAACUCCCGAAUGCCCCUUGUCCCACCGUGGUGCUGCCUCUGCAGCUACAUUCCAGGACAAUGGAACCAACCUCGCCAAGCAGCUGACUCGUCAAUCACAAGAGGAGCAGUUCUGGUACCCCAUUCUCAUUGCCUUCCAGGAUGUACUUAUGACUGGCGAUGAUCUUGAGGUCCGCUCACGAGCACUCACAUACCUCUUCGAUACAUUGAUUCGUCAUGGCGGUGAUUUCCCAAGAGAAUUCUGGGAUGUGCUCUGGAGACAACUCCUCUACCCGAUUUUCGUUGUGCUGCAGUCCAAGUCUGAAAUGUCCAAGGUUCCAAACCACGAGGACCUCUCGGUCUGGCUGUCCACGACGAUGAUUCAAGCAUUGCGAAACAUGAUCACCCUCUUCACGCAUUAUUUUGAUGCUUUGGAAUACAUGUUGAGUCGCUUCUUGGAGCUUCUGACAUUAUGCAUCUGUCAAGAGAAUGACACUAUUGCACGCAUUGGUAGCAACUGCCUGCAGCAGCUGAUUCUGCAGAAUGUUGGAAAGUUCAAACAGGAGCACUGGUCCCAAAUCGUUGGAGCCUUUGUGGAGCUGUUCAGCAAGACAACCGCCUAUGAACUAUUCACGGCCGCGGUGUCAAUUUCUAAGCCAGCAGAAACAAUCAAUGGAGAUCUCACCCAGAACCCUGAUGCCGAUGCGGUAACAGCAGAUCUCCCUGAUGCCAUGCAGGCUAACGGGUCACAAAGCACAUCCUCACUGCAAGAGAGUGGCGACCCUCCUGUGCAAAGUCCGGCCCGUGCUGAAUUGGAGGAUUACCGUCCCCAGUCCGACCAACAGCAACCCGCAGCAGUCACUGCAGCCCGCCGUCGCUACUUCAAUCGGAUCAUCACCAACUGUGUUCUCCAGCUUCUUAUGAUUGAGACGGUCCAUGAACUAUUCUCAAACGAAAACGUCUAUGCAAAGAUCCCUAGUGUGGAGCUUCUCCGACUGAUGUCCUUGCUCAAGAAGAGUUAUCAAUUCGCGAAGAAGUUCAAUGAAGAUAAGGAUUUGCGCAUGCAACUCUGGCGCCAAGGUUUCAUGAAGCAACCCCCCAACUUGUUGAAGCAGGAGAGCGGCAGUGCCUCCACGUACGUGCAUAUCCUCUUCCGGAUGUACCACGACGAGCGAGAGGAGAGACAGAGCAGCCGCGACGAAACCGAAGCUGCCCUCAUUCCACUCUGUGCGGAUAUCAUUCGCAGCUUUGUUCGUCUCGAGGAGGACACCCAGCACCGCAACAUCGUUGCUUGGCGUCCGGUGGUCGUCGAUGUCAUAGAUGGAUACACCAACUUCCCGCAGGAUGGCUUCGAUAAGCAUAUCGAGACCUUCUACCCCCUCGGAGUGGAUCUGCUGAGCCGUGAUCUCAACCCGGAGAUCCGCGUCGCUUUGCAGUCUCUUCUCCGUCGCAUCGGCGAGGUCCGACUAGGCAUUGCUCCCCCGAACCCCCUGGAUGCUCCGAUUAGCCCGCGCAGCUCCGUCUCCCAAAAGGCUUCGCGCCGCGAUAGCCAGGUUUGA